GUAAUUAUUAUUGUACGCCUAACUCAUCAUUCCUAAACAAAACAAAUUUCUAGUAGUUAAAGUUAAUACUUAUAUUAUAAUAUUGCCUAUCGGAUUAUAUUCACUUUUCUUUUGUGCAUGAUGUUUAAAAAAUGUGUUAAUAUAUUUUGAAUGGUUUAUAAUAAGCAAAUAUAGUGUUCAUUAAAUAUAUUUUUUUAAUAUGCAUAUCUUACUAAAAUUCAUUUUGAUAGUGUUUUGUCUAGCUUCAUUGUGUGGAAGCUACGAACUUAACAAGGCAAAUACAAAAUGUAAUAUUCCAUUAGUAAUUCGCGGGCAAUGGUAUUCUUGGGAAAAUGGACGCAGUACAACAACAGAAAUUGAUGCAACCAGUAUGUCUAAACGAGGGAAUUGCAUUCGAUCAAUGGAAGAAAAUCAGGUGAAUUUCACUUUUGUAUUUCAAAAAAGUGCUGGUGAUUGUUAUACAUGUGUCAAAUUCAUGGUUCGGACUGUUAAUGUAUUGGAUAAAAUGGAAAGUGUUUGUAUGACUUUGAAUCCUAAUGAGUAUGAAUCUCCUGAUAAAAUAUGUCAAUUUCAAGACACACAAUUAAACACAUUGUUUUCGGAAAAUUACAUACCCGUAAACUGUCGGUCUAGUCUUGAAGGCGUAUGGCAAUUCGCAUAUCAGAACCGUUUUCGUUUUACUGGUGAAUGUAAUAAUCCUGAAGCACAAAUUAAAUCUUGUCAAACUGCGGGAACACAAUUUUUAAUAACUAAUCAAAAAUUCAAUAUUACAUACAAAAAAUGUCCUGGUAUGACAGGCACAUUUGAUGGAGUUGUUGAGUACAGUUGUUUAGGAGACUGGUUCGUAGACAAAAAUCAUUUCUUUGCUGUAGCUAAUACUAAAGAAUCUCGUAAAGAUGAAAAAUAUCGAUGUUUCUUAAAAAAUCGAGAUGAUGAUUUAUAUAUUGGUGUGUCUAUUACGGCAGAGUGCAAUACGCUUCAGACAGUAGAAAAAAGUCCAGAGAGAUUACAUAUAAAUCCUGUGAAAGCUGAAGUUGUAGAGGCAGGUUGCCGACUACCUCAAAAUUAUAGUGGUGAAUGGGUGAAUACAGCUAAUAUGGAUGCUGAUGUAUUUAUUAAUGAAACUCAUGUAAUUGAAACAUGGUAUCCGGAUGAAGCACGAUUUAGAAGAACAAUAUAUGUAUGUCGUGAACAAAGAGGAUCUCGUUAUAUGAUGGCAAGGCUCACUGUUGAUGGAUGCCAAAAGGAUUAUGUAUGUUUUGAUUUUGUACCCCGACAUCACAAUAUUAUUCGUUAUAGAAGAGGUAUAGCAUUUAUUAAAGAUAACUUUCAUACCGUGUGCUCUUGGGUACAAUUUCCAAACAAAGAUAAUUGGAAAUAUGAUAUUUUUGUCUCCAAAACUCCUGUUCCUAUAAGAUGUCCAGUGGCAGGUAAAUUUAACUUCACUCAAAAAGGUGAUUUUUUGUUUGAAACUCGCAUUCUUGGCGGUGUUACAUUAUCACCUCGUCCACAAAUUACCUGCAAGGAUACAAUAUCAGAUUUUGCUGCCUGUGAUGGUGAUCAAAAAGAGAUUACUAUUGAUGAAUCAUUUUGCCUUGAUGUGGAUCAUCGUGGACAGCCUGUAGAUAUUUAUAGUGAUCCAGACUAUAGAUUACAAUGCAUAGGUUACUGGAAAGAAAAUUUGAAGUCUUAUUUAAUGACAUACGAUCCUCUUGAUGCAGCUAGCAUGUAUAGAUGUUGGGUGUAUCAACGAGCUGAUCUUAACCGUGUACUAAUGUCACAAGCUAUAGGAUCAUUUUGUGAUCUUAAACAAGAUGCAUUUAGUAAUAACUAUACAGAAGGAGCCACUGUUGCUAUUGAAAUGACAGAAUAUGAACGUGAAAGAGAUCAAUGUCCAAUGUAUUUUGAUGAUGGUGCUAAUCCAUGGGUUCAUGCAGACAAUUAUAUACAAGUAUUUAAGUAUGGUAGAUCGUCUACAUUAAUUAUUUCAUCGAGUAUGCUCUCAAUUGCUGUUCUCUUUACCAUUCUGUUGUAAAUUUUAAUUGGUAUGCCUUAAGUUAUAAUUUACACUUCUAGUAGCUUUAUCAGUUUAUCACAUAAUUAGGA